AUGCAACGCACACCACCUAGGAGAAGCCCUCGACUUAAUCCCGAGGAUCCAUCAGCGAUGCAUGAUAAUAUUGAUCCGCCAACCAAUGAAUCAGAGCCCAAUAUUGCCGCCGCAUCGAUUGAUUUAGCCAACAAUGCCAAUGUUGUAGGCGCUGCCGCCGCCGCACCCUUAGAAGGGUUUCCACCAAUCGAUGCCAAUGCCGCCGCACCCAAGGUUAGCUCUUCAUUGGUAGAUACGUCCAAUAUAAACGUAUAUGGAUGCCGCGCAAGUCCUUCACAAGGAUUUGUUGUGAAUGCCAAUGCCAUCGUAUCAGCUGAUACAAAAUUGACGAAUGCUCCAAUGUCGCCAGCAGCCACAGCCAAGUCUGUUUUCACAGAUAAUCUGCUCGAGAGUUUUCAGAGAAGAUUAUUAGCAAUUGAAAACGAGCUAAAAAGUACACAGGUGAAGUUGAGUGCAAAAAGUUCACAGUGUGAGUCUCUGAAAGAGGCACUGCAGACGCAGAAUAAAGUAAUGCCUUGCGUUUCAUCCACAUUUUCUCAACUAACAUCACCAUUUCCCACCACUGUGACACAUCAUUCACUUCCAUCAGUAUCAUUCUCCAACCCGCCGUACAGUGUGAACAAUUCACAGCCAGGAGGAAUGAUAAACCAUAACGUCACAUUCACCAGUGUGCCAGGAAGUUUUGGCGGGCAGCCGCCCGCCAUCUACACCUACCAACAGUUUUCUGCGCCUCGAAAGCUUCAAGAUUUGCCACAAUUUAGUGGCGAUCCAGAAGAUUGGCCUAUGUUUGCGAGUGCAUAUUCUGAGUCGACAGCAGUCUACAACUACACCAAUCUCGAGAACAGUAUGCGUCUACAAAAAUCUCUGAAAGGUGAAGCAAGAGAUGUGGUGAAAUGCAUGAUGAUUCAUGCCGAUAAUGUAAAUAUGGUUAUGGAGCAACUGCGUUCGAGUUUUGGUCGCCCUGAACAGUUAAUAGAGAGCCAGCUUCAACAAGUAAAACAAAUUGCACCCAUAUCUGAAACAUCAAUGGAAAAAUUGAUUCCAUUUGCAGUAAAGGCAAAGAAUCUUUCUGUAUUUUUGUCAUCCAUCAAUGGCCAACACCACCUAGCUAACCCAACUCUUCUGAAAGAGCUCAUUUUUAAGCUUCCUAUGAGCCAAAGAAUUCAGUGGGCUGGGUAUUCAGCCCAGAUUCGGCCUUACCCAACCAUCAUCGACUUUAGCAACUGGCUAAGUGGAGUCGCAAGUUUGAUUUCCGUGGUACAAGACAACAAGAAUACCGGUAGUCGAACAAUGCCAGAACCAAAACGCCGGUCAGUUCUACAUGCAGUUGAGGGAAAGCCAGCAGAAGCAUUCAAGUGUUCAAUUUGUCAAUGCAACCACAGAACACCUGAAUGUAAGCAAUUUUUGGGAUGUAGUGUGAGUGACAGGUGGGCUCAGGCAAAAAGGUCUCGAUUAUGCUUCACAUGUCUGGAAGUAGGACAUGCUCUGAGGAAUUGCCGCCGCCGACGAAAACCUUGUGGUGUUGAUGGGUGCCAAAGGAGUCACCACCAGUUGUUGCACGAUCCACAACAACUCGCCUCUGUGCCAGGUACAAAACUUGACAUCAGCCAAAAGAAGGAAGCAGUUCUCAGUUGUUUAGCCAAACCAGAAAAGAACAGCAAGUUACUUUUUCGAGUUCUGCCUGUUAUUUUAUACGGACCUUUGAAGCGAGUCGAAACUUAUGCACUUAUGGACGAGGGUUCCUCAAUUACAAUGAUGGAUAGCAGCCUGAUUGAAGAACUUGGUCUGAAUGGUGACAAACGCAAUCUGGAUCUCCAAUGGUUUGGAGGUAGAGCCGCUCAAGAACCUUCAACUGUGGUCAGCGUUGAGAUCAGUGGAGCAAAUAUCAAAAAGAAACAUUUACUUCGAAACGUUUAUGGUAUUAUUAACCUAAGUCUACCAAUGCAAAGCUUGAGUGAAAAUGAUUUGCACCGGGAUUCUAGAUGGUUUGAUCGGUUGCCAGUUUAUCCGUAUAAUGACAUCACGCCGAAGAUUCUCAUUGGCUUAGACCACUGUCAACUAGGUCUUCCAAGUGAGACAAUUCAACUUCGAGAUGGAGGGCCAUAUGCUGCCCACACUGAACUAGGGUGGGUUGUUUUUUGUCCAGCCUCGACAUCAUCAUCACUGCCGAAGUCAUGCCUGCUGAUGAUCAAACCAAGUGAAGAUACCCUCCACAAAUUAGUGGCAGAUUAUUUCGAAACCGAAAGCUUUGGGGUGCGGCCAGCACCAGUGUUAGAAAGUCAAGAUGAUUCACGUGCUCGUCGUAUUUUGAAGUCAACUACAGUCAAAGUUGAAGGAAGAUUCCAAACUGGACUACUUUGGAAGCGUGAUGACAUCGAGCUUCCGGAUUCCUAUAAUAUGGCAAAGAAAAGGCUUAUAGGUAUUGAGCGAAAGAUGAAGAAGGAUGAUACAUUUGCUGCCGCCUACAAUGAUAUCAUAAGCUCAUACAUUACGAAAGGGUAUGCCCGUAAACUGCAGCCAGCAGAUGCCGCAAAUAUUGGUCCUAGGACGUGGUACCUACCACACUUUGCCGUAGUGAAUCCCAACAAGCCGGGUAAAAUACGCCUGGUGUUUGAUGCCGCCGCCCCAGUUGCCGGGAUUUCGCUGAACUCUUGUUUGCUGAAAGGACCACAGGAGUACCAACCGAUGCCAUCAGUUCUGUUCAACUUUCGAGUAGGUGCUGUUGCAGUUUGUGCAGACAUUCGUGAAAUGUUUCACCAGGUGCUAAUCCAAUCUGAAGAUAGAAAUUCACAAAGAUUUCUCUGGCGCUUUGGAAAUUCAGAAAUCAACCCACCUGAUGUGUACGAGAUGCGAGUAAUGACAUUUGGCGCUGCCUGUUCGCCUUGCUCUGCUCAAUAUGUCAAGUCUAUGAAUGCUUUGGAACAUCUCGAUACGCAUCCCAGAGCUGUGAAGUCUAUCUUGCAGCACCAUUACGUUGAUGACUUCGUAGACAGCUUCGAUUCAAUUGACGAGGCCAUUACCAUCUCCAAACAAGUUCGUGAAAUACAUCAGCAUGCUGGAUUUGAAUUGCGGAGUUUCAGUUCAAACUCAUCAGAAGUAUUAAGUGCCCUAGAAGAAGAAGCCGAAUCUAAUAUGGUUAAGGUGACAAAACGCCAGUCGACCGGUGGAAGCUUGUCUACAGAGAAGGUGCUAGGUAUGUUUUGGCAGCCCUUAAGCGACACCUUUAGAUAUGAGCUGAAGUUCCAUCGAGUAGAUCCUGAUAUUAUCGCUGGAAAAAGGUGCCCUGUCAAGAGAGAGCUGCUCAGUGUCAUCAUGUCGGUGUUUGACCCUCUGGGAUUUUUGGCAAACUUUCUGAUUUGUGCCAAACUAUUGAUGCGGGAAGUUUGGAGGUACCAAUUACUUUGGGAUGACGCACUACCCAGCAACAUCAAUACAGCCUGGAUUAAUUGGUGUUCGAAUUUGGAAAAAGUAGUCAAUGUUCAAAUUCCGCGCUAUUACUUCCUCAACACUUUGCCAAAGCAGCUCCAGCUACACAUCUUUGUUGAUGCAAGCGAGGAAGCGUUUGCCGCCGUAGCAUACUGGAGAUUCGAAACUCUUGAUGAAGAAGCUAAUGUCGCAUUUGUUUGUGCCAAAACUAAGUGCGCGCCAUUGAAACCGAUGACUAUUCCACGCCUCGAGCUCCAGGCUGCCGUUUUGGGAACUCGUUUGAUGCAGACGAUUACUGAAGAGCACCAAACACUCCAAGUCAGCCGUUGCGUUUUAUGGACCGAUUCCAAGACGGUCAUUAAGUGGAUUGCCUCGCAGAAUCGCCGCUACAAGCCAUUCGUAGCACACAGGGUAGCCGAAAUUCUUGCCGCUACUGAGGUGUCCAAUUGGAAAUGGCUACCUACACAGGACAACGUCGCUGAUGAGGCAACUCGAUCAAAUUGUCCGAUCAAUUUUAGCGCUGCAUCGAGAUGGCUGACUGGACCGAGUUUCCUAAAACAAAAAGAAGACUCGUGGCCUGCUGACUUUGACAAAUUUGGCCAAUACGAACAAAAUGAAGAUGAGGAACUCCCAUCCAAGUUUACUCUUCUUGUUCUCAAAAGAACAAUCGCUUAUGUCGUUCGAUACGCUCGCUCACUACGUCACAUAAAGCCCGCCAAUAGAUUGACAGUAGACGAACUCAAUGCAGCUGAACGUGUCCUAUGCCGCCAAGCACAAGCUGAAGUAUAUUGUGCUGACAUCUGCCGAAUAAAGAAUGGUCAAUCACUGAAUGCAGAAAGUCCAUUGCAUAAGCUAAUGCCGUACGUUGAUGAGGAUGACCUGUUACGUGUGAGUGGUCGAAUUGAUGCUGCCAGCUGGCUACCAUAUUCAACCAGGAGACCUAUUAUAUUGCCGCCUGGACAUGAGUUCACCAAAAUGGUCGUUGAUUAUUAUCACUGCCGUAUGAAACACCAGAACGUUGAAGCCACUAUAGCUGAAGUCCGACGCCUAUAUUGGGUUCCACACAUCAGGCAAGUCUUAAAAAAGGUAAUUUCUAAAUGCAAUACGUGCAAGCUGAAGCGAAUCAAGCCUGUUACUCCGUUGAUGGGGCCCCUGCCAGAGGAUCGUUUGACGCCGUUUGUGAGACCCUUCACCUACAGCGGUCUGGAUUAUUUUGGACCCCUCACAGUAACUAUUGGUCGUCGUGUCGAGAAGAGAUGGGUGGCAUUAUUUACGUGCCUUUCUAUCCGAGCUAUCCAUCUAGAGGUUGCCUAUGAUCUCUCAACAGAUGCAUGUAUUCUAGCCAUUCGAAAUUUCAUUAACCGUAGAGGAGUGCCUGUCCGGAUACGCAGUGAUAAUGGAAAGAAUUUUGUGGGAGCUGAUCAACACGCAAAACGUUUCAGCGAGGUUUUUGAUUGUGACCGUAUUCAUGAUGAGCUGUCAAACAAGGGUGUUGAAUGGGUUUUCAACUGCCCUAUUAACCCAUCUGAAGGAGGUGUUUGGGAACGCAUGGUCCAGUGCGUCAAAAAGGUACUCCGACACACACUGAAGGAAGUUUCACCACGCGAGUAUACACUACAAUGUCUAAUGAUUGAAGCAGAAAAUGUCGUCAAUUCGAGGCCUUUGACUCAUUUGCCAAUUUCAGUCGAUCAGGAAGAGCCACUUACUCCGAAUCACUUCCUACUAGGAACAGCUAACACUGCACAAACGCCGAGUGGAAGUGAGCCUUUUCAGAAGCUGCGUACUCUUCGGAAACAAUGGCGAAUUGCGCGACAGCUCCGAGACAGAUUUUGGAAGCGCUGGAUCUCUGAAUACUUGCCAACAUUGACACGGAGAUCCAAAUGGUGCCAGGUAACAGAACCGCUUAAAGAAGGAGAUCUGGUAUUUAUUUGUGACAGAGACAUGCCCAGAAGACAAUGGUGCCGAGGUAGAGUUGAACGAGUUUAUCAAGGCGUAGAUGGAGUAGUAAGACGAGCCGACGUUCGUACCAAAUCUGGAGUUCUCCGUCGUCCCGUAUCUAAAUUGGCCGUUCUUAAAGUUGAACGUGAAUCGGACUGA